AUGGCGUUAGAAAAGGACUUCUUGAUGGAACUGAAGCACACGGAUAAUCUAAAUGAAGCUCUACAAAACAGUAAUCAAGCCUUAGCUGCUGAAAAGAUUCAGGAGUACAGAACCGGAGGAGAACAGACUCUAGCACAAAUCAGGGAAAACUGCAUUCAAGGUCUUCAAGAACAAAAGAUUGCGUCCCCACAAGUCUUCCUGAUCUCCAGCUUUGAUCUCCACCUGUAUGAUUUCCAUCUGUUAGAGGAGACCCUGGAGAGAGAACUUCCUGAACACAAGAGGAACGCUCUGCUGUUUGCCAUGCCCAACAUCAGCCUGGAGAUCAUCAACAAGAAGAAAAUGGCUUUUCAGGACAAAAUACAAUACUAUGCAUUUAUAUCUGGAGUUGGUGCAGCUGUACCAGUUCCUGGGCUUUCUGUUGAUGUUGAUGUGGCCUUGCUGGUUGAUGCUGUCUCACAAUAUGUAUUUGGGAUUGGUUUUGAUACCCCGUCACUUGCAGAGACUUGCAGAAACCACACAUGUGCCAUUUCAGGAUUUGAUGGAUGUCAUUAUUUCACCACUGGCUGCAAGAAACAUUAAUGCAGAGCUGCUUCUUCAAUGUGAAAACACAGCUGUAUUAAUGGCAGCAGAGGAAGGGUCCAGAUUCAUUCCAGUAGUAGGAAUCCCAGUAGCAAUGGGGCUCUCCUCUAUGACAACUUAUAGCAUUCU